AUGAAGAGGCAGAACCAGAGCAUGAUCACCGAGUUCAUCCUCGUUGGCUUCUCAAACCUGGGGGAAAUGCAGAUCCUCCUGUUCUUUAUUUUCCUUCUGGUAUACUUGACCACGCUAACUGCCAAUGCCACAAUCAUGACUGUAAUCCGCCUAGACCGGGCAUUACACACCCCUAUGUACUUCUUUCUCUUUGUCCUCUCCUGCUCUGAAACAUGCUACACCUUAGUCAUCAUACCAAAUAUGCUGGCUAACUUGCUUUCUACAAGCCCAACUAUAUCUUUCUCUGGCUGUGCCGCCCAGCUCUAUUUCUUUGUGGGCUUGGCCUGUACCAACUGCUUCCUUAUUGCUGUGAUGGGCUAUGAUCGCUAUGUGGCUAUCUGCAACCCCCUCAACUACAUGCUCAUUGUCAGCAGGACAACCUGCAUGCUGCUGGUCUUGGCUUCCAGUCUUUGUGGUUUCUUGAUCUCCGUGGUUGUCAACGUGCUGGUGUUCAGUGUCCCCUUCUGUUCUUCCAAUCGUAUCAACCACUUCUUCUGUGACAUUUCCCCUGUCCUCAAACUGGGCUGCACAGAUACACACCUGAAGGAGAUGGUUAUAUUUUUCCUCAGCAUCCUGGUUCUGCUGGUCCCCUUUGUGCUCAUCUUCAUCUCCUAUGUCUUCAUUGUGUCUACCAUCCUCAAGAUCUCCUCUGCAGAGGGACAACGGAAGGCCUUCGCUACCUGUGCCUCCCACCUAACUGUGGUCAUCGUCCACUAUGGCUGUGCCUCUUUCAUCUACUUGCGGCCCACAUCACUGUACUCCUCAGACAAGGACUUGCUGGUGGCAGUGACCUAUACAGUUAUUACCCCCCUCCUAAACCCCCUGGUCUACACGCUAAGAAACAAGGAAGUGAAGGUGGCACUAAGAAAGGUACUCAGCAGGUACUCACUUCCCAAGACUGUGUGA